UUUGAGAUAGUUGAUAACAAAGUAUUGCCAUGGGUAAUAUUAACAGAUGGCAAUGGUCGUGUUGAAAAAGGAUUUAAGUCAGAAUGGGCGACUAUUAAGGAUGAUAUUCUUUAUGUGGGAUCAAUGGGCAAGGAAUGGACAACAGCCAGCGGGGAGUUCCAAAGUUAUGACCCCAUGUGGGUCAAAGCUGUCAACAUUCAUGGAGAAAUCCAGCAUUUAAGUUGGGUGAAUCAGUACAAAGCCGUGCGCAGUUCGAUCGGUAUCAAUUGGCCGGGUUAUAUGAUCCAUGAGUCAGGAGUAUGGUCCCCCUUCAAGCAGUUGUGGCACUUCUUACCAAGGAGAUGUAGCCAUGAACCAUACAAUGAGACCAAGGAUGAAGUUAUGGGUUGCAAUUACUUAAUAACUGCUGAUGAAAAUUUUAAACAUGUGCAUGCUCUUGAGAUAACAAAGCACCAGCCAAAGCAUGGUUUCUCAUCGUUCAAGUUCAUACCGGGAACUAAUGAUGAGGCCAUAGUAGCUUUGAAGACUACCGAGUUUGAGGGCAAGACCGCCACAUACAUAACUGCAUUUACUACUGACGGGACAGUGUUGCUACACGACACACUUGUGGAAAACCUCAAGUAUGAAGGACUAGAGUUUAUAUGAUAGUGUCAUAGUAAAUAGAAAAUUUUAUAAAUCAAAUCGUAAUUGUAAAUAUGUAAAAUAUAAUAUAAUUUCGU